GAAUAUGCAGAGUCCUAAGCCUGUCAGAUAACAGACUAGAAAAAUAACAACAAAAACAAACGAAUUUUGUUGAAAAUUUAAUGAAUUGACUUUAUUUUUAAUAAGCUAAGUGUUGAUAUAAAAUAGAUGCGUUUCAUGACUUGCAUUUGUGAAUAAGACAAUUUUAAAACAGUUGCGCUUUUUGGUUUUAUCCAUAAUCUAAAAUUAGAUUCAUGGGUUGUUUCCGACGCGUAAUAUUGUAGAAGAACAGAAAAUGCCGAAAAUACCAUAUAAAUCAGAGAAGAAUCAUGAGGACGACGAGGAUUACGAGAUUGUAUCUUUCGAAGACUUUUGUGAUAAAUCGCCAGGCUCCAAAACGGAUUUGUUGACUCUAAAUGACAACAUAAAUUAUCGUCUUUGUUAUGAGAGUGAUAAGGGGUCCAAAUUGGCUGAAACUGAAGGAGAGACUUCCAGGAGUGCGGACAGGCACACGGAAACGUCUCUAAAUGGUCCGAAAAGUGUUACCUUUAAGAGAAAACUGUCAAAUUCUUUCGCUCCAUUUGGGCGGUACAAUGCAAAGGCGGGCAGGGCUCCACUGUUCAGCGGUGUUAUUCCUAAACCAAGAAAUGAAGGCGAAUCCACUUCGCGAGAACAUCGGUACCAGCGCUUCUCUGAGCAGCGCAACAUAUUCCGUCGCGCGUGGGAGCACCUGCCGGGGCUGGGGUCGGGCAUGCUGGGCGUGGCGCUGGUGUGCGCGCUGUGCGUGGGCGCCUGGUGGGCAGUCGGCGGCGCCGUCGGCGGGACCUGGGGAGAGGAGCAUUACAGGAAACUAUGGGAGAGGACUCAUCCAGAUGCGAUCACGAAACCUCUGUCACCCAUGCCAUAUGAAAAGCAAAUGCCAGAAUACCGAUACCACGACCACAACAACUUGAGCACUAAGAACAAAAGCAAUGGAACAGACACCAGGAAGAAGUCGGACCUCAACAAGAAGAAUGCGUACCAUGAUCGAACAGUGGAAGUGUUGCAAGACAUGUGUGCGAAGGUUGAAGAGAAUAUGAAGUUUGAUUGUCUGCCGCAAGGGAAGAUCAAUGAGAAGGAAUGUGUUAAACGAGGUUGUUGCUGGAAGUCCUCAGACACUCAAGGAGUUCCCUAUUGCUACUAUCCCUCCCACUACGAUACGUUCCGCUUCCUUAAUAUGACGGAGGAUCGUCACGGCAUGAGCGUGUAUAUGGAGAAAGUCCGACCUUCAGGCUAUCCGGCAGACUUUGAUGUGGCCAGGAUGGACUUCAAGUAUUUGUCUGAUGAUGUGCUGCAAAUUAAGAUUUACGACGCUGAACAUAAGAGAUUCGAGCCGAUGCAGCCUGAGAUAACGAUGGUAUCUAAACCUCUAACCAAGAUGAAGUACAGAGUGCAGGUCGACGGCUCACUCAUCGGCUUCAAAAUCAUCAGGAACUCUGAUAAUGUCACCAUCGUCAACACUCAAGACAUCGGUGGUUUAAUACUCUCAGACAAGAUGCUACAAAUCUCAGCCAUUUUACCUACGAGCCAUAUCUUCGGUUUGGGCGAGAAGCGCGCGCGGUUCAUGAACAACUUGCAGUGGAAUACAUUUGCAUUGUUCAACAGGGAUAGAGCGCCAGUGGAGGGGAUGAACCUUUACGGCACGCAUCCAUUUUACCUGGCGGUGGAACACGACGGCAAGAGCCACGGGAUGCUACUGCUUAACUCUAACGCUAUGGACAUAGUCCUGCAGCCGUCCCCUGGCCUCACGUACCGCGCGACGGGCGGCGUGCUGGACCUGCUGCUGAUGCUGGGCCCCGCGCCCCAGCAGGUGCUCGCGCAGUACACCGAGCUCGUCGGCCGGCCCUUCAUGCCGCCGUACUGGGCACUAGGAUUCCAUCUGUGCAGAUUUAACUACAAUUCAGUGAAUGCAACUAGAAGCGUUUGGAAAGCUAAUAGAGAUGCUGGUAUACCUUUUGAUGUACAAUGGAACGACAUCGACUACAUGAAGGACCACAACGAUUUCACGAUCGAUCCGAAGCGGUUCGGCGGGCUACCCGAUUUCGUCAAAGAAAUACACGCCGAGGGCAUGCACUAUGUCAUGAUUAUAGAUCCGGGUGUGGGAGCCUCAGAAGUUCCAGGCAGCUACCCGCCGUACGACCGGGGAGUCGCUUUGGAUAUAUUCGUCAAAAAUUCUACGAACCAGAUUCUUAUAGGACAGGUGUGGAACAAAGGAUUUACAGUGUAUCCGGACUUUACUCAUCCAAAUUCUAGCAGUUACUGGCUGGAGAUGAUGAGUAAUUUCCAUAAACUAGUGCCCUAUGAUGGAGUUUGGCUUGACAUGAACGAGCCGUCCAACUUCCGCGACGGCACGGCAGUGGGCAGCUGCGCAGACCCGCGCGCGCCCUACAGCCCGCGCACCGGCGCCGCGCUGCGCACGCACACGCUGUGCAUGGACGCGCGCCACUUCGCGGGGGCACACGCCGACGUGCACAACCUGUACGCCAUCACCGAGGCUGGCGCCACGCACUUUUCGUUAGCCGAAAUCCGUGGGAAACGUCCGUUCAUAAUAUCGCGCUCGUCGUUUGUGGGCAUGGGCAAGUACUCGGGACACUGGAGCGGCGACAUCACCAGCGACUGGCAUGACAUGAAGAUGACUAUUCCAGAGUUGCUAAGCUUCAGCCUGUUCGGCAUUCCCAUGAUGGGCGCGGACAUCUGCGGCUUCAACGGCGACACCACGGUGGAGCUCUGCAAGCGCUGGAUGCAGCUCGGGGCCUUCUACCCCUUCUCCAGGAACCAUAACUCGGAUCAGGCUAUGGCCCAAGACCCGGUCUCCCUGGGCCCGGAGGUGGUGGAGGCGAGUCGCAAGUCGCUGCGGCUGCGCUACCGCCUGCUGCCCUACUACUACACGCUGUUCUGGCGCGCGCAUGUGUACGGGGACACUGUCGUCAGGCCGCUGUUCUUCGAAGCACCAGAACAGAGCACUCUACACGACAUCGACAGUCAGUUCAUGAUCGGUCCCUACGUGAUGGUCACCCCCAUCCUGGAGAAGGGCGCGGUCGUGGCCCGCGGAGAGUUCCCCGGCCCGCAGUGCUGGUACAACAUCCUCGACGGACAGUUCAUAGCCAGUGAUAAGAGCUACGAGGUCACUGAUAAUGAGACCGUGUCCGUUAAGGGUGGCGGCAUCCUCCCGCUGCAGAACCCUCCUGAGCAAGGUCCUGUGACCACCACCAACACUCGCAGCCUGCCGCUGCAACUUCUAGUUGUACCAGAUCGUGACAAUCAGGCCAAGGGAGAACUCUACUGGGAUGACGGAGAUAGCUUGAACACAUACGAAGAACAAAAAUACAGUCACAUAGAGUUCACCCUCAACAACACUGAGAUACACAGCACAGUCCAGUGGUGGGGCUUCGGCGUCCCUCUGCUGAACAGCGUCACCGUCCUCAACCAGCCGCCCGUGGACACCGUCACCAUCAACGGCCAAGCCUGCGUCAAGCCCUGCGAAGCCACCUACUUGAACGACACAAACGUCAUUGGUUGUGAGACGUGUGGGUCUAAGGACUGUGAGAGACAUGACUCGAGUGUGUCCGAGCCCUGGGUGGGGCUCCAGAUUCACAAACAGUUGGACCAAGCCAUAGAAGAUUUUUAUAACACGAUAUUGGAGCAGUUCAUAAGCUCCUGGUACAGUAAGAUAACGCUGCAGCCGUUCUUCGUGGACGAGCUGCGGCACCAGCUUAGGUAUGCCUCUGCCUGUUUACUGCAGAGAGCUGUUAAGAUAAACUACGGCCGCUUCGUGCUCGGGCGGCUGCUGCCGUGCGCGCUGCGGCAGUGCGCGGCGCGGCGGGCGGGGCGCGCGCCGCACCCGGCCGCCGCCAGCCGCCGCGCCGAGCUGCGCUACCUGCGCUGCCUCGCCAGCGCGCUCAUGCCGCAUCUGCUCAAGCAGGAUGACUAUACCAACGAUGUGUUCCGCGUGCUAAUCCGCGAGAUAUUCGCGGGCUGGGUGCUGCUGUCGCUGACGGACGUACUGGCCGAGCCCUACAUCCUCAACACGCUCAUCAUCCUCGCCACCGGGGACGAAACCAUGGCGCAGCUGCCCUCCACACCUAAUUAUAAGGUAGAAUUUCUAGAAACGUUCGCCCGUCAGACGGAGUCCAUAUACACGCAGCGCUGCAAGCUCCUACAUGUGGAGUUGGACCAGGUGAUCAGCGAGCAAGAGUACUUCUACGCCUUCAUGCAGUACAUGAAGACGACCGGCCAUAUACAUCUGUUGCAAUUCUAUAAUGAUAUUAAGUCGUUCCAAACGAAGAUGUUGAAGCCUGAGCUGAGUGAGUCGGAGCAGCAGUGCCUGCAGCGCGAGGCGCGCGCGCUGGGCGCGUCGUACCGGCGCCUGCCGCCGCCCGCCGCCGGCCGCCUCGCCGCCGAGCUGGACGCCGUGCUGCUGCAGCAACACGCCGUCGGCAAGUUACAAACAAGUAGAGCGUUAUAUGAAGCUGCAAGACAGUCACACACGUUAUUGGAGAAGUUAUGGCUGCCUAAAUUUUUACAUAGUGAAGAGUUUUACAAGUUGCUUAUUGGCAGCAGAAUACCUACUGGUUAUCAGAAACAAAUGGUUAAAAAACCACAUGAGAAACUACUAAAUACUGCUUUAAAACUCGGGCAUCGUCUGAAAGGGGCUCUCAAGACGCAGACAGUGGAUGGUCAAGUGUUAGACUGUUUCACGAAUUGUGAGGAGUCUGAAGGCGAUGGCGUCGAUAAUAUGGAUAUAUUGAACUAUCUGGAUAAUCUAGCUGUUGAAGAGUCGCUAAGAGGACAUGAUUUGAGCACGUAUAAAGUGGUGCUGACCAAUGUGGAGACGAAAAUGCAGGCGCCGCCGCGGCGUGGCGUAGUGCGCGUGUUCACGCUGGCGGUGCACCGCGCGGAGGCGGGCGGCGCGCCCUCACUGCGCAGCGUGGAGCGCAGCGAGCACGAUUUCCACCUGCUGCGCGCCAAGCUGCACGAGUUCCACGGGGACCGCCUGCUGCUCGACCUCACGCUGCCCUCGCGCAGGUAACUCUAGCGACACCAGCAGACUGACCCCCGCAGCAGGCGGGCGGCGCGCCCUCACUGCGCAGCGUGGAGCGCAGCGAGCACGACUUCCACCUGCUGCGCGCCAAGCUGCACGAGUUCCACGGGGACCGCCUGCUGCUCGACCUCACGCUGCCCUCGCGCAGGUAACACUAGCGACACCAGCAGACUGACCCCCGCAGCAGGCGGGCGGCGCGCCCUCACUGCGCAGCGUGGAGCGCAGCGAGCACGACUUCCACCUGCUGCGCGCCAAGCUGCACGAGUUCCACGGGGACCGCCUGCUGCUCGACCUCACGCUGCCCUCGCGCAGGUAACACUAGCGACACCAGCAGACUGCCUCUGGUGGCCGUCCACUCUGCCCGUCCCAAUACCAACCAAUGUAAUAGACAAAGCUACUAAUUCUCAACUAUAACAAACUCUGGCUCGUUGCUAAGCUAUAACUGCAUAAGUGGAUCG